GUAAAGGGUAGAAUGUCGAGGCGUCAUAGAUGGUGUUCUGGUAUUUUGGUCUUUGUUUGGCGGGGUAAAUUCCCUGUCCCAACGUCGUUCUUGUUUGUUCUCAGCCGGCUGUUCUCGCAUUGUAUGUCGAAGAAUAUCCUUCAAACAGCUUACACUAUGCGAGAGACGGGAUUCCAGAUCUUUCGGGUAUUUGCAAGGGAGAAUUUUUUCAUUGUUUGUCUGUGGCAGGACUUGAGAAGGUCUGGAUUGUUGUUUGACGGCAGAUUCUUGAGGAAGCACGGCUACCAACUUCCACACCAUUAGCAAAGAAGCCAUCUUCACAUAGUUUGCCCACCUCUUCAAGCCACUGUCGAUCCCAUCUAGUCCAGGGUAAUUCGAGCAUUUGCGUUCUCAUCCCCGCUUUUAUGUCAGCACUUAAUCCUUCAGAUGCCGCAUAUCCGCGCGAAAGCUGGAGGCCUGAUUAUCUGGAAAGAAAGAGAGGCCAAGGCCGGCCAAGAGCUCGUCGAUGAUGCGCCUCCAACUUAUGAGCCGACGGACCCUGCGUCAUCUACGCUCCAGCCGGCUCUACCACACCCCGUGGACAACAAGUCGGGCCACUCUGAUUCAACUCGCCCGACGGCCGAGUCGCCCUUCAACUUUCCGCUAGACACUCCUCUUCCCCCGUAUUCAGCUGCAUCGGGGUCGGCCAGCCAGCGGCCGAUUGCGAUUCCGCAGGUCACUCCCAGCCCGGCCUCGCCACUGCUCGCCGCAUACGCCCCGCUGCUCCUCAGCUACGGCAUCCCGGCGGAGACGUGGCAUUCCUUUCUCGAUACCGUGUCCGCCUUCCUCGCGGCCAAGGUGUCAGACCGCGCGCUCCGCCAUGCUGCAAACAUGGGCAAGCAGGUCGGCGAAGGCCCCAAGAGCCUCGUCAAGGGCAUCGUCUCCCACGCCAAGGACGUGGGCAAGGGCAUAGGCAACAAUGCGAAGCGUGGAAAUAUCAUUGGUGCCGCCAUGGGCGUUGUCGGCGGCAUUAUCUCGAUCCCCGUGUCGGCAGCUCUGGGCACUGCUCGCACGGCUGUCCAGCUCCCCAUGUCCGCCGUGUCAGCUGCUACCAGCUCGCCAGAGUCGGCGCGCGAGCGGGCUACAGCUUACCUGGCGGUUGUCAACAAGGACUGGUUCCAUGGCCGCGGCCUUCAUGCGACUUUGCUAGAUUCGCAUGAGAUUUCUCAGCUCGUCGGUACGUCUAUAAUUGACCAGGUAGAACUACGGACCGACAAGGAAGAGAGCGUGGAGCUCAAACUGGGUGCUUUGGGAGAUCACAUCGCCAGGUUGGAGGUUCAGACACCGGCCAGCCUGGCCGUGGGACCCAACACGUUGUGGUUGGUAUUGACGCAGGUACAUCAAACGGAUUUGUGAUCUCAACAUGCUGGGCUUGAUUAAUGUGUUUGGAGAAAGACUUAGCCAUCUUAAUUAUUGCCAAAACAGGCCAGGGGAG